AUGGCGAAGGUCGAGAAGGUGGAAAACGUCGACGAGGCCGACUAUAGUAUCAAACCUGAAAAUGUCACACCCGCCAUUCCUACCAAUGAAUGGCCUCUUCUCCUCAAAAACUACGAUCAAUUACUCGUAAGAACAGGUCACUUCACGCCCAUACCCUGUGGCUGCACCCCAUUGAAACGCGAUCUCAAAUCCUACAUUUCCUCGGGCGUCAUCAAUCUCGACAAACCCUCCAACCCUUCCAGUCACGAAGUUGUUGCAUGGGUCAAGCGGAUACUUCGGGUUGAGAAGACGGGUCACAGUGGUACACUUGACCCCAAAGUCACAGGGUGUCUUAUUGUUUGCAUAGACCGCGCCACGCGGCUGGUCAAAUCACAACAAGGUGCUGGAAAGGAAUACGUCUGCGUUAUUCGAUUGCACGACAAAUUACCUGGAGGGGAAGCUCAAUUUGCCCGAGCUCUUGAGACCUUGACAGGUGCCCUUUUCCAACGACCCCCUUUGAUCUCCGCCGUCAAGAGACAACUACGUAUCCGAACCAUCCACGAAAGCAAGCUGUACGAAUUCGACAACGAUCGGCAUCUGGGGGUGUUUUGGGUGAGCUGUGAAGCCGGAACCUACAUCAGAACUCUCUGCGUACAUCUUGGACUACUUCUGGGAGUUGGUGCUCACAUGCAGGAAUUGCGAAGAGUACGGAGUGGAUCAAUGGACGAAACGGAUGGCAUGGUCACAUUACACGACGUCCUGGAUGCGCAGUGGAUGAUGGACAACAACCGAGACGAGUCAUAUCUACGGAAGGUCAUUUCGCCGCUUGAAAGCCUCCUGACCACGUAUAAGAGAAUCGUCGUCAAGGACAGUGCGGUCAAUGCCGUAUGCUAUGGGGCCAAGCUGAUGAUUCCCGGUCUGCUUCGAUUCGAAGCCGGCAUCGAAGUCCAUGAAGAAGUUGUCCUGAUGACCACCAAAGGCGAAGCGAUCGCCUUGGGAAUCGCGCAAAUGUCAACAGUCGAAUUGUCUACCUGUGACCAUGGAGUCGUGGCCAAGGUUAAGAGAUGCAUCAUGGAGAGGGAUCUAUACCCUCGAAGAUGGGGCAUGGGUCCUGUAGCAUUGGAGAAGAAGAAAAUGAAGUCUGACGGCAAGCUUGAUAAAUAUGGCCGACCCAACGAAGCCACCCCGGCCAAAUGGACAGCUGAAUACACCGACUACAACGCACCCGCCGACGGCACGACCUCUGCGCCCGUCAAAGAGAAAACCGCACAGUCCGACGCCCUUUCCGCCCCUCCCGUCGCCUCCAACGGUGACACCGCCGAGACCGUGGACCCUGGUGACACCGCAGCUAUACCGGCACCUACAACCAACGGCGCUGCCCCGGCGAAGGUGAAAGGGAAAGAGAAAGAAAAGAAACGCAAGAAACACGAAGGCGAGACACCCGAAGAGCGCGCCGAGAGGAAACGCCGGAAAAAGGAAAAGAAAGAGAAAAAGGAGAAGAGGAAGAGUGCCGCCAGUAAAGCAGAAGAGUCUGAUGAGAGCGAGUAA